AUGCAUUCUGAUCAAGACUUGAAAACAUCCGAUUCAAAUCACAAAAAUCAACAACAUGAUAACCCUGAUCCAUAUAAGAGUCAUUCCCAAGAAAGUAACAAUCCCUUUUUGGAUAUGACAAACAAUGAAAAUCCUGAUAUCUAUAAAGUUGUAGUAGGUCCAAAACCAACUGAUAAAAGACAUUCUAUACCUACAGCACAAGACACAAAUGCUUUUAUAAUGGAGAUGCAGGAAACCAAUAUGGCCAAAUCUGCUUCUGUGCAAAAUGAUGAUAGAACAGCAAAGAAUGGCACUUUUGUCAAACAUAUAAGUGGUACGAUCGAAUUAAUGCAAAAUCUUGGUAGAUUUUUAAAAUCUGACAAAGAUGAAAAGACUGACGAAGUUUAUGUUCUGGUAAAUUUGUUGAACCGGACUCUGUGA